AGCAGUGAAUGGUAUGUCUUGUUUUUCGGCGGAUAGAAUCGGUAGCUUCGGCGGCAGUUGUGGAUUACUCCGAGAAGAAAGAUAAUCAACAGCCUCUGCUGUCUGCUUGUCACUUUCCGGCGGGGAGUGCGUAUUUUCGGCUUGACCGACCGAUCCAUCAAUCGGAACAGUCCGUCGGUAGUGACAGUAAGCACUACGCCCCAUCGAACAUCGCCGAGAUUUUAUCAUGGAUCUAUGCUAGAGCAUGUGAGCCAAGGCUCACAAAUCAUACAAAUCGUGCCACUAUCGCCCGGUUCCAUGAGUGGCCCACUUAGUUUCUCCCAUCCUAUCUCAUUUGAGCUGCGACCAGAUUUCAAGAUCAAAGUAGGGAAGCCGCAGUAGUGCAAAUCCCAUACGGUUCCCUCAUGUGAUUUUUGUCCCUUUCAAUCUCUGUUCUUCGCUAGUUGUAACCCACUCAGAUAUUAAUUAGGGUUCUGUAUCCAACAAAUCAUCUCCCAGGUAGCUGCCUGCGCUCUA